ACGAUUGCUAUGAUCUUCUCGGGGUUACUCAGAGUGCAAAUUCUUCUGAAAUCAAGAAAGCAUACUACAAACUUUCCUUGAAACAUCAUCCAGAUAAGAACCCUGAUCCCGAAUCGCGGAAGAUUUUCGUCAAAAUCGCAACUGCUUAUGAGAUUUUGAAGGAUGAGGCUACAAGAGAAAAAUAUGAUUAUGCAAUUGCGCUUCCGGAGGAGGUGUUUUAUAAAACUGCACAAUACUAUCGGGCUUAUUAUGGUCAUAAGACGGAUGCUCGUGCUGUAUUGGUUGGCCUUCUUGUUAUUCUUUCUGGUUUCCAAUAUCUAAAUCAAACGACAAGGUAUAAUCAGGCUGUGGCCAUGAAGAAGGGUCAAAAGAAUAAGGACAGAAAAGUUGAGGAAGACCUCAGUAAAGUGGAGGAAGAACUUGAUUUGCAGAUAACAGGAACAGAAAGGCCCUCAAUAUGGAAACUCAUUGGGGGUCCGCAUCAUUCUUUUACCUUAUACUCUAGGAAAGUUGCUGCUAUGGUCUGGCUGUUGGUUUUUGGACAUACAAGAUGGAGAAGUAUAGAUGAUGCAACAAAGGAAGAUCUUGUGCUAAGAUGCUUAUGGGAGAAGUCAAAUAUGGAGAGCUACAUGACAGAGAUGAGGAAAGAAUCAAAGCGAAGAAGAUAG